UAUAGCUUAAUCUCGGUAUUCUCGGGAAACGGCUUUGUCCGCUUUGUUGUAAGAAAAUCGUAAAGCCCUAGUGCGAGAGAAAUAAAGAGAAAAAAUUUUCCAUAUAGAAAAAGCAUAAUCAAGCGUCACGGAGAUCACCGAGCUGGAUCAUCAUCAUCGUCGACGACACCGGUCGACGAAACAAGCAUCGAGUAAUGGAACCUCAUGGCUACUACGACUGCUGUUGAUCACUGUAAUUGUGCAAGUGCCACGAACUACAGAAUAGUGGUGUACGCGCGUUAUAAUUCCGCAAGGACAUAAUUCUUCUCGGGUGGCUUGUUCGAUAUAUUAUUAAGUAAUAUAUAUAUCUAGGGAGAACGAGAGAGAGAGAGAGAGAGAGAGAUGGACUUAGUUCGUUUCUUGAUACAAUCACACGAACUUUACUGCGUGUUGUCAUGUUUCUCUUUAUGUGAGGUGAUCAAGUGAUAGGACUUUACUCCUUUAUCCUCUUCAUGGACUUUGCCUAUACGUAUUAUAUGUAUACCUAUACGUGUGCUUUGCCCUUUAUUCGCUCUCCUACUUAUGCUUCAUCGUACACUCUUCAAAUGAAUUUAUAGGACUUGAAAAAAUCAGUUCAGAUUCUCCCAGACGUCAAGUGAUAUAUAUUGUGUGGGAUUGUUAAAGCAUUAGACUUGACUUGAAAAUUUACAUGAUAUAUAUUGUACACCUAUAUAGUACACUUUUUGUUGUAAUACAUUAUCAAAAAUAAUAAUGACUCUCAAUUGUACUAGGGAGCAUUUCAUAGAAUAUAUUAACAAAAUGGAUGUUCAACUUUUGUUUGUAAAAGACAGAAAUUUUCAACUCAAUAAAUCUGUCACAGAACUUUAUUAUUGCAUCCCGAGAAAGGGUAUACGGUCAUUGGUGUGUUACAAUCAAUUGACAAGCUUUAAUAAGGAUAUCUAUCCAGGGUGACAUUGUAUUUAAUUGUAAGCCAAUUAGGGAAAUUUAUAACAAUGGACAAAGAAGCCGAUGGUGACAAUUUAAACGUAGAUUGCAUUGAGAAUGAUAUUGGGGAUGAGUUGAAAAUUGGAGCUGAUGAAACGUAUGACACAAGGAGCGAGGUUUCUUCUAGUAGCUCAGAAACAGAGGAUGAUGACGAGGAUGACGAGGAUGAUGAGGAUGAUGAUUCCAGCCAAGAUGAUGAUGCCAGUUCACAGUCUUCAAAAUCUUCAAAUCAAGAUACUAAGAGAAAUAAUAAAAGUACAGGCAAAAGAAGAUGCAACAGAGAUUCAUCAUCUUCCAGUCCAGAACCUAAGAGAGCAAAAUUGAAAGAAUCAAAGACUAAAACACCUAACUCAUCUUCCAGUAAAACCUAUGACUAUACUACGAAAUUGAAUUAUUUAUUUAGAGAUACAAGGUUUUUCAUAAUUAAAUCAAAUAAUGCAGAAAAUGUAACAUUGUCAAAAGCAAAAGGUGUCUGGAGUACUCUUCCACAGAAUGAAGCAAAUCUCAACCAAGCAUUCAAAGAGUCUAGAAAUGUGUUGUUGAUAUUUUCUGUUAAAGAAUCUGGAAAGUUUGCUGGAUUUGCUAGACUUGCAACAGAGUCCAAGAGAGAUGGAAAUUCGAUAUCUUGGGUCUUACCUCCUGGUUUGUCUGCUAAAGCUUUAGGAGGCGUUUUUAAAGUAGACUGGAUUUGUAGAAAAGAGUUGCCUUUCACAUCAACGCUUCAUCUGUAUAACCCAUGGAAUGAUGGUAAGCAAGUAAAAAUUGGACGUGAUGGACAAGAAAUCGAACCACGAGUAGCGGAAGAGUUAUGCAGACUAUUCCCUGAAGAUGAUGGGAUAGAGAUGACUCCUAUUUUACGUAAAUCAAAAGAGGCUUCUAAGAAUGUGGUGAAGUCUAUAAACAGAAAUCACCGCGAUACCAGAUCUGUGAUAACAUCGAGGUUUAUCCGUACGCGAGGUAGAGGACGCCGGUUAUUCCUUACAUCGAGAUCGCGACUGGCAUCACUGGCAAGAGGUGGACAUUUGCCAAAUGAUCGUAGAAAUUCUAGGGACCAUCAUCGCUACACUGGCUGGUUCAACCGAGGAGAUUAUUCAAAGGGCUAUGGCACAACUUUAGGAGUUGCAGCAGCUGCCGAAGCCUACGUAGCUGAUUACAUGCGAACAAUGCAACAUCAACUUCCACCUCUACCCCCAUAUGUAAGUUCUCUGCCAUAUGACACCUUACCACCGCCACCACCACCACCACCUCCAAGAUACUACGAGGGUCUGCCAUUGCCACCGGAUUAUGGUGCGGCGGCAGUUGCGGCAGCGGCUGCAGUAGGAAGUUUGGAGAAACGCAGUUAUGAGCGUAGCGUGGAUGAAUUCCUUUGGCGUACUUCAAGUAGUGGACGUCACGGACGACAUGAACAUCGAUCUUCGCGUGAUCAUCAUCAUCAUCGGUACCGUGAGCGCAGAUAGAUUCGAUGUCGUGUGAAGGUUUAAUUAAUAUUUCUUAUAGUUUUGGUUCUCGAGGAGUACUAGCUACAAUUAUCCGAAUAUUUCUUUUUUGAGCGUUAACUAUUCGUCGAGACAAUGCUGUGAAAUGUGUUCCAGAGAACGUCGAGCGCGACGUACUUCUGUUACGGAGCUUUUUCUUUGUGCAUACAAAAAUUUUACUUUCCUAGUAAAUAUACUCGAUUUAAAUAUUCAAUUAAUUCGCUGUCUUUGUAAUUUCUUUAGUGGGUUAUUUUUAUAGCGACUUAUUCUACUCAGAUUUGAGUUAAGCUAAUAAAAAGCUUAUAAAUUUUGUUAUUCAUGUUUCAACUGUAUCCUUAAAACCGAAUUGAAAAUGUUAAAAACAUUUUCAAUUUAGACUCAGAGAUCCAAUCAGGUAUUUCCGAAGGGUUUUAGUGCGCUGAAUCCAAAUUUGAGCUCAGAAUUACUCCAUCACUCUCAGUUUUCAAGAUAAACUAAUCUAAAAGUGUCAAAAACACGGUUUUUUGCUGUUUUCCAACCUUUGUAAUUUUGUAAAGAAUUUUUUUUUUUUUUUUGCAAAUUUGACGAUGGCAUCUUCGAGAGCAACUUCAAAACGUAAUCCUCAUUUUUUCUAACAGAAAUAUACAUUGAAGUGUGAUCAAUUGGCAUUUUUGUAAAUGUCAUUUAAACACAGAAAAGUUUCGCUUUAAGAUAAUCUUCGCUGGAAAAUAAAAUAAUAUCCCAAGUAUCUUGACCAAAGAAUCCUGUACCCUGCUAGGCAAUAACCUCAGCUUGCUACAUUUCAACUACCUGAACCCAAGAUCCCUCUACUCUGCAAUAAUCUCCGACCGCUACAUCCCAAGUUUCUGAAAUCACUAACCCUGUACCCUGCCAGGUUUACCACUAUUAUCUUUCAGCGACACUUUCCUCUGCUUAAACGACAUUUGCGAAAAUGCAAAUUAUACUUCAUAUAUGGUCCCGGUGUGCCAUUACCUGUAAAUACUGAUUCAUCCACAUAGUUAAUGAGCACCGCACGUGUUGAACGUAAUCCUUGACGCGUUUCGCUACUCGAUUGCAGCAGAUGCACUUUAUACACGUUUGCGAGUAUUCGAGUUGUGGAUUAACGAAAGGUUGUUCUCCGUUUCCAUUGGUACCGUUCGCAUGCCUCGUUUCUUAACUUGAACAAUCUAGAUGUGAUCUCAUACACGGUUAAUCUGGCCCGAACGUAAGCAAUUGCUAAAUACGCCCUCGGGCUACGGACAAUCGUCGAAUAACUUUGCACGUUGAUAGUAGUAUUUAGCUGAAUUUUAGCUCUCGCCUUCUCGUCGCUAUCCAAACUCCAUGUCAGUGUUUCGAAAUCCAUAAUUUGGCUGUCAGUCAAAUUUGGAUGAAGUGCGAUUGGAUAGUGUCUAGUACUAAUCACAUACAAAAUGCUAAGAGGAUGUUCAGCCUGAUAGUAUGACCGAUAAUUAGGGUCAACAUAUUCGUAUGUUUGCACGCAUUCGCAAAUUAUUGGCACGGGGAAUUCAUGCAAUAACUCAAUGUCGUUAAGAUAGUGAUUCAGUAGUUGAUUCAUUACCUGUUUUAUGCUAAGUAGAUUGAAUUCUAGGUACACUUGCUUGAGCCAUCUUAAGGCGUUGUAUAUGACCUCAGAAAGGGGCCUAUUCUUUGUGAAUACCUGAGUUUAGUUAGGGUAACUAUCUGGUGUCUGUAAGACAUAGUGCUUAUAAACGUAUACGUUCAAUACGACCGGUGCCUAUUAACCGUGUGGAUGAAUUAGUAUCUACAAGUAAUGGUACGGUGAGACUAUAUCUUCGAAACCCUAUCUAUUGGAAUCAAGAACAUCAAACGUUACAAACUGAGAGUGAUGGAGCAAUUCGCAUAAAAUCUCUUCGGAUAUACCUUGUUUGGUCUUUGGGUCCGAAAUUUUUUCAAAUUUUGUCGAUCUGUGAAAUCUAACACUCGAUUCUUUGAAAUAAAGAAGUAUUAUUGGUCUUAUUAGUAAAAGAGCUUCGAGCAUAAUUUUGCCUAAAUCUUUAUUCCCAAUAAACAAAUUUAAAUGGUAACUUUUCAUUUCUUGUAAGCAUCGAUUUCGAAAUAUGUGUGUGAUAUGUAAUGAAUUUUAGGUAACCUAUAAUUAUUUUCAUGCACUUUUCCAUUUUGAAAUUAAACGCAACUAGAUUAGUAUUUUUAAAAUAACAAGUGGUUUCACUUUGAGUCAGUUUGAAAAGCAAUAUUAAUUUAUAAUCUUUAUUAAUAUACGUUGAAUUGAAGUAUAAAGUUAUAUGAAGUAUAAACAGGCCUCAAUAUGUAAUUGCUGUAUGACGAAAAACUAAUUCCGAAUGAAAGAAAAAUUAUUAUUUACUAUUUUCAUGCUAUGAAUAUUUUUACUUUUUGAUGUGAAAUUUCUCGUGUACGUUAAUAAACUCUUCAUAUAUCGUCUGUACGUAAAGAUAUGUUGCUUUUUACAAUGAUUCUGUUCAGUCCUUCAUAUCUUGUCAUAGUUUGACAUAUGUAAGUCAACCAACCAAUGUAUUACGAAGAUUAACUAGAAACUAAAUCAGUUUGCAAUUUAGUUGAUGUAGAUAGUUGAUAAACAGCGGCCAGAUUUAAGCAUAGUUUUUUAUGUAUAUAAAAAGUAAAUAUCUAUAUUUCUCUGAUCGUUUUUGACGCUUUAUCAAAAUAGUUUACACCCUAUACUUCGUUACAAAAAAAUGUACAUCUUAUGCAACAAUGAUAAAUAGUGAAGUUGAGUAAAUAUGUGAUCCGAAGAACAAGCUACUUUAUAAAUCAAUAUGAAUAUUUUUUUUUAAAUACAUUUAUAACUUAUAUCUCAGACACAUAGUUUGUCACUACAGCAACAGACAAAGAAAACAUUUUUUUCUAACUAAAAUGUUAUGCUGUAUACGACUUUUUAUACUAAACAAUACGUAGCCACCACUUGAAACUUUUGUGAAAAAUGAUUUUUAAGCAAAUAAAGUGGCUUGCAGUGUACUGAAAUCCCGAGUUUGUA